AUGCAAUUUGGACGCUUCUUCUUCCGCUUCCUCUUUGGAUCGGCGUACAUACUCUUGUUCCUCGGACUCUUCGGGCUGCUUCUCAUUACUCCCGGCGAUGCCAUCCAACGAUCGCUCGGCAACGGCCAAAACUACAAUGUUCUCAUUGUGACGAUCUCAUACGUGGUGACCGUCAUUAUCGUGGUGUUUGUCUACGUCUUGCGACUGUAUAUUACAAAAACGGCGAUUGCUGCGAUUCCCAAAACGUGGGUUCCCAUUGAAAAGGGGGAUGUGAAGGAUAUUGUGUACAAGAUGAUCCACGGGGGGUUGAGUCGAAGCGCGGCGAUUGCAUUUGCGGCUCGACCCAGGGAGCAGACCAACUCGGAUGACGAGCCAGGCGGAGCUGAAAAUGCCGAAGCGAGAGCUCGAGCCAGUGUUGGUCUGAAGAAGACCAAGAUGGCAGCAGCGGACUUGGACUUACCACCUCUCCCCAAGCGGCCUGUGUGGGGAGAGAUUGAGCACCAUGGCUGGGCGUCGCCGAACUCGCCUGAUCUGCGGAAUCUGCAGUACAGCAGUGUCAUUUCGGAGUUGGCGAAUCUCGUUGAAGCCAAGGCAAUGGCAAUGGCCCCUACUGAGGAGCAGGGCUUGGGAACAGACGCGCCUGUGGUUGACCCCGAGGCUGUCGGGCUGCUGCAGCGCACGGCGAACAUGACGAUGCGGGAAUACAUACACCAUCUUGGGAACGCCGGCGUGAUUAUCAUGAACGACACGACUUCUCAGUUUCUCGCACAGUACGAAUGCGCGCGCUUCUCCAACCGGCCCACAUCCAACCAAGAGUUCCGUUCCUUGAUGCACCUGUUUGCCGAGAUGCUACGGGGCAUGCAGCCGUUGGAUGUGGACUUUGUCAACACGUCGGAAGAGACGAGCCACGGAUGGGGCCCGUCGGAAAGUGACAUUGAUAACGACGCGCCACUGGAUACGACGGAUCCGCCGUCCCCGCGAAGCAGUAUAUCGCGAGCUGGGACAAGGAGCACGCACAACUCUGUGCGGCGGCCACCGUUGCGCACCCCCUCUGCACAGGGACGGAGCUUCCGAACCGCCCCCAACACGCCGGGUAGUGGGAGGAUUGCCGGGUCAUCUGAGAAAUCGAGCGAGAAUAGCUUUGCCCAGACAAGACGACAGUACCCGGCCAGUAAAGCGUCGAGCUCGAGUCUGAGUUCCAAGGCUGCGAGCGCGGCGAGUAGCAGCGACGCGGGGUCCGUAAUCCGUCUCGCUACAAGGGAAGACGAUGAUGGGCUUCCGUACGUGCUGAACCUGAGGCCGACGACGGCUGGCAGUUGA